AUGGCAGCUAACAGCAAAAGUGUCUCUGAGGUGGUCUCCUGGAUUAAGAGCCAAAAACCUGUGGUUCCCCAGAUGAAGGAUGCUCCAACAUUCUACCGAAAUCUCGAGGAGGCUUUGGAUGUUCGACGAUCUACCCAAUCUAUGCUUACCCGAGGUCAAAAUACCUGGAAAACCGGAGACGCCAUAGACUUCUGCUCCAACGACCUGUUGUCUCCGGGACUCACAGGAGAACUAAGAGCCGAGUUCCUAGCAGAACUGGCAAGACACCCCGAUUUUGCUCUGCAUUCAGGUGGUUCCCGCGUGAUGGGCGGCAACUAUGACUAUAUCGAGGCAGUAGAGCAAGAAAUCGCAGACUUUCUUGGGUCAGAGACAGCUCUCAUGUUUAAUUCAGGCUCUAAUGGAAAUAUUGCCAUCUACACUGCAAUCCCUCGGCCAGGAGAUGCCAUUGUGUACGAUGAACUAGUCCACUUCAGCACACACACGGGCAUGGCUGCUUCGUUGGCCACGACUAAGGUUGCAUUCCGUCACAAUGAUCUCGACGCCUUUCGAGAGGCGAUGUCAUCUACGAUGGACUCGCAUCCCAUGCUUAAAGACGGCUCACGCUCGAUACUCGUAUCUGUAGAGUCGAUAUAUAGCAUGGAUGGAGAUGUCUGCCCUUUAGUGGAGAUGCUUGAGAUUGCUAGAGAGAUCUGUCCCAAGGGCAACUUUGCCUUUAUUGCGGAUGAAGCCCAUGCCACUGGAGUUGUUGCUGUUGUUCUUGGAAACACAACGGUCCGAAACACGAUGCUAAAUUUUGCCGGGUCUUUGGUGAAUACCACGGCCCCGUCUUUCCCUUCGGUUGCAGUAGUUCGAGCAGCGUACAAUCUGAUGAGAACUGGCGCCACCCAGAAAGCCCAAGACAACAUACAGCAUCUUGUCAAAUAUUUCUUCAAAACCAUUAUUUCCAACCCCAUUUGGGAUAAAGCAACCGAUACGGGUAUCUUGUCUAUCCCCGUGAGCGAGGAUUAUGAGUCCAACGAUUUUGUGACGCACAUAGUACCAAUCUGGACCCGACAAAAGUACAACUGGUGGCUUUUUUUCCACCUACAACUAGCGAAAAUAGCUGUUGUCCCUAUCGACUACCCACAGGUUCCCAAAGGCAAGUCCCGAGUCAGGGUGAUGAUUCAUGCUAGAAAUACAGAGGCGGAGGUGGAUUACUUGGCAGCCACGAUUUGCAGCUUUGUGAGUGAGAUGAUUGAGAUUGAGGAGGGUGGUGAAAAGGGGAAGUUGCCAAAAGCCGCGCAGCAGAUCUACGCGCUGAUGGCGGCGAAUGCAUGA